AUCUCUCUCUCUCUCUCUCUCUCCUUGCACUGCGAGUCAGAAAGAGAGAUAGAGAGAGAGUGGACACACACGCGUUGUGUUUCGUUUCGCAACUCCACUGCAUAUGACCUGUAUUCUUGGAUGAUUCAACACCAGAGAAACCUGAAGAUUGAAGAGACCCCCAUCUGCUCAAAGACAGCUUUGUUAACUCAUAGUCAAUGCAAGAUAAGUGGCAAGUUAAAGUGAAACUGCUUCCUUGAGAUGACAUUUUGUCCUUGGAACAAUCGAGUGAAGGGCCAUCAUUACACAGUUUCUGAAGACGAGAGACAGGGAACCCUUGUGACUCCCUAAAUGGACUCAGCACCCUGUAGGUGUCUUUGAGCGUGCAAAAAGAAUCGAUCGAACAUGAGCAUCCCAACUGGUUUCCAGGGACUUCGGGUCAAUGUUGAAAAAGGAGAAAAGAUUGGAAACAAAACCCAGAUCCAGUUUCCCCGAUCUGGGAAUGAUAAUGCUUAUCGAUUAUCUUCGACUACCGAUCAAGAAGGAAGAAGAUUGAUACAUGACACAGGAUAUAGCACAAGCUCCAUUCCUCCUUUGGUUUCACAACGUGAUUCCCUGGACAAGUUAGUGAUCUGGGGCUCCGAGCAGCGUUGUUUGGAGCCUGACCUCGAAAAGUUUGAGCUUUUGGACUGUCAGGAGAUACAUACAUUCUUGGGAAACAGAGAUCAGGACGAUGACGAUGGAGCAAGUUUGAGGGACGGAAGAGAUGACGGUCCCAUGUCCAUAUCCUCAAGCUCAACUGCCAGCUCUGCUUCGACCGGCGUGAGGAGAAAUGACAACGACAACAACAAAGUGGAGAGCAGAACACACCGGGACGCAGAGGUGCAGAAAAUGAUGGCCUGUCAUAGCACUGAAGACUUGGACAUAUGUGUGACAGGCUCAAUAGAGAAACGGGACAGCAGGUCAGGGAGAGACAGGGAGAGACGGAAGGGGGGUCUGAAGGAGUCCAAGUCUGAGACAAAUGUAUUCGUCUCCAGUCUGUCAGCUGUUUCUUUCAGCGGGAGUCUGUCAAAUGUGCUGGAUAGUGGCGGAGAGGCGCAGUCCCUCAUCUCUCUGUCCUACUCCAAGACCAACCCUUAUUCCCAUACAAACCAAACUACCUCAGCCCAGACCAGAACAAGGGCAGGCCCUGUGGAUGCCAACCAGAACUCCCCGCCACCGUAUUCUCAAGAGAAACACAACCAUCCUCAACUGUACAGGCAGGAUCAGAGACAAGAGGAUGUAGGUCAGUAUAGAAAUGGAUUGUCUUUUGACGGUGGGCUGGGCCAAAGGAGGAAGGCAGGAUUUGAGGAGAGGGUGCUGCCACCAAGACGACAGCAGCUUGUCAGACCCCUCUGUCAGACAGAGAUGGGAAGAUCCAGGAGCUUAGCAGAGCCCAACACUUAUCAAACUCAGACAGGGCAACCUUCUUCCCCCAACCCCUUCCCAGAUUCAAACAGGAAGUUUACAAAGUCAGCUUUACGUGAACCCUCAGAUUUCUCCAACCUGUACAACCCUACUGGAGUCUCACAGCCCAGGCAAAGCAACCAGGCACCUCCUCCUGUAGAAAAACAGCCUGCUACAACUGCAUGGCGAAAUUCAAGUCCUUCCACUAUUGAGAAGAGACCCCAGACUCAGUUCACAUACAGAAGGAAUUGCUCCAGUCCCAACAGGAUGGGGAUUGAUCCAAGGUCAUCUACCCCUCCCCACUCUCCUCUCAGGACACCCCAGGGUUCACCUCGCAGGGAACCCUCCAUGUUCCCCGUUUCCAGGAAUAUCCCUGGAGUGGUUCGACACCUCCCGUCAGGAUGCAACCCCACUGUAGCAACAUCAGCUCAGGGCUAUGGCAACAGUUGCAUGAGAGCACCGGUGAAAACCAAUAUAAGCACAAGUGGAAUUCCCAAAGCGCCUCCUAACAACCAGCAGAGCUCCAGCCACAACCCCAAAGAGAGCUCCCCAUCACCUAAACUCAGACCCAAAGGAGUCCGGCCCAAAAUCAUUACCUCGGUCCGAAAGAAUCCUCAGUUUAAGCCCCAGGCUGCUGACGGACCUUAUCAGGUUUCCUCUCUACCAUCCAGGCUGUCAGCGUACACACACGGCCAAACAGCCACUUCCUGUAAAGACAAUACAAAUGACCACUCCAAGCCAGACUCAGACACCAGAGGACCCCCAGUGCUCAGUGCCUCCAAUCUGCUUUAUGACAAAUACCGCCAAGACAUGCAGACAAACAUCUAUCCAUCAGGAAUAAUGAGCAGGAGUAUCAGGCCGCCCGGACACACACACACCGUCCCGCCUGCACACACACACAGCCAUUCAGCACCCCCGAAGCUAGGCAGCAAAGCAGACUCCUUCUACAGGGCACCAUCAGAGGUUGGACGGUCUGCCAGUUUCAAAGUGAGUUCUGGUGAGGACGCGCUGCAGUCCCGCACGGCUGCCCAGGCGGGGGGGAGCGGCAGCCUCCUGCGCGCGGGGCGGGGGAUGCGUCUCGGUCUGGGAGCUGUCGCCAGGACGACCACGUGCUCAGCCAAGGGCAGAGUACCCGUUCAAGGUCAGAGGUCAACACUGGUCUUCAGCCAGCCAGUCCAACCUGUCAACCCAGCAAGCACUCAGAAAAUCCAAGAUUACACAGAAGAUGAGGUUUUCACCCAUCUUGCUCCUCCUCCUGCUCCAGUGUCAGCAGCCCAGCCACAAGCCGUGGCCUCCAGAUCUCUGAUGCCCAAAGUGAGCCAGUCCGGCCUUCGCCCCCCCGGCUUCAGCUGCAGCCGUCUCCCCGCCGGCCGCCUGGCAGCGUUCGGCUUCGUCCGGAGCUCCAGCGUGUCGUCCGCCUCCUCCGCCCACUCUGCUGAGAGCUCACAGAGUGACUCCUGCAGGACCGCUCACCGUCUGAGUGUGAGCGAGGAGCCCCCCCUCCACAGAGUGACCACCAGCCCUCCGUCCACAGACCACCAGAGGGGGGUCCCAUGUCGCAGCCAGAGCCUCCAGCCGCCCUCCACCCCCGCCCUGCCCCGACGCUUCCUGCCCGCCCCGCCAAGAAGCUCACCUGGAGUUGUCAGGAAGGAGUUUCAGCGGAGUUCAGAAGUCACUCGUUCUCUCCCCUCCUCCCCAAAGAGGCUAGCGGUGGUUCCUCCCAAACCUCAGUCCCCGGUCCAGUCUGGGCAGCGGCCCGCAGCAGCUGUGCGGGGGUCAGCUCCCCCGGGCAGGAACAGCAGGAGAGCCUGCAGAGAGAGAAAGAGGAGGCUCAACAGAAAGAGAGGGAAAGACAAGCAGAGGAGAGAGAAAAAGAAAAGGGAAGGGAGGAGGUCAGUAACUGAGAGAAUGCUGCAGGGACGCUGUGCGCAGCAGGAGAGGCAGCUGGGAGCUCUGAGAAAAGAACUGAAGAAGACUUCCUUGGGUCUGGAAGCCUUCAUCAUCACCACUCAGCAUUACUGCCUCAAGAAUAAAACCACAAAAGAAAAUCAAAGAAAAUUGUCCUUGGAAAUGCAAAUGAUCCGAGAGGAAAUGGCGUCCAACUCAGCGCGCUGGGAGAGACUCCACCGGGAGAAGACGGCGCUGGAGGAGGCGUUUGAGCGAGAGCUGACUGAGCUGCAGCUGCAGCAGGAGGCCGAGCUCGCCGCCGUGGAGGAGGGGCUCAGGAAGGGUCACUCAGCCGAGGCCGAACACCUGAAGGAGGAGCAUCGCUCGGAGAUGGAGGAGCUGAGGACUCAGCAACAAGAACAGGUGGAGGAAAUAACUGUCAACCACCAGGCAGCCGUUCAAGAGCUCAGAGACAUGCAUAACAUCACCAUGGCAACGCUGCACGAGGAGCACGCCCGCACCAUGAGAGACUUAAGAAAAGCUCAUGAGCAACAGAAGAUGCUUCUAGAGGAGGAUUUUGAGAAACUCCAGCUUGCUCUACAGGAUCAAGUGGAUACCCUCACAUUUCAAAACGAAACUCUGAAGAACAAAGCCAAACGCUUUGAGGAAGCUUUGAGGAGGAGCACAGACGAACAGAUAGUUGAUGCUUUGGCUCCAUACCAGCACAUUCAGCAAGAUCUAAAGAGCUUAAAGGAGGUUGUGGAAAUGAAGAACCAGCAGAUCCACCAGCAAGAGAAAAAGAUCUCGGACCUGGAGAAAGUGCAGGCCCAAAAGAACGUGUUCCUUGAGGAGAAGGUGAAGGUUCUACAGCAGCAGAAUGAAGAUCUCAAGGCUCGUAUUGACAAUAACCGAAGCCUUUCCCGGCAACUGUCAGAGGAGAACGCUAACCUCCACGAUUCGGUGGAGAAGGAGAGCACUGAGAAAAAGAGGCUUAGUCGCAACAACGACGAGCUUCUGUGGCGUCUGCAAACCAGCCCCCUCAUUUCCCCUGCCUCCUCCCCUCUGCACCGCUCCUUCUCCACCUCCCCGGUCCCCUCAUCCUCUUUCUUUUCCUCCUCACCUGUCGCAGGGUGUGACUCUCCCACCCACUGCCAUGGCUGUCAGCAGCAGGCUCAAUACUGCUCCCCAUCCCACAGAGCCAAUCAAAAUCUCUCCCCUGGACCAGGGACACCCACUCACAGGGCAGCGACCAAUCAGAAUUACUCCCCUGGCCCGGCCACGCCCACACACAGAGUGUCACCCAAUCACUGUAACUCAGCCGCUUGCGUCGGCUCUUUUCAGAGAUAAACUCACAUGUCUGUAUUUAAUUUCUCUUUUAUUUCCAUGAUGUUUGAAUGUGAGUGGCAUUUAAUUAAGUACAUGUUGGAGAAAAACAAAGCACCGUGGUCUCUUGUCGUCUCGGGACAUUCUGGGCAGACAUUAAUUAUCAAAGCCCGAAGAAGUUCUCGACAGCUGGUGUUGUCCAUCAAGUGAAACACAACAUUAACACACGUAAAUAUUGAAAACUGAUACAUUCUCUGUCCCCAAUGCCUGCUUGUAUAGAUCCAAAGUCUUGAAACGCAGACUGUACAUACUGUAUGAUAGUGACACAGAUCAACAUGUAGUGAAACCUCCCUGCACAGUCCCGUAAACACAGAAACAGUACAGAUGGAAAGUGGCACACUCAUCCCACCAGAACACAAUCAUCUGGUGUUUUAAACAACAUACUCAAUAGAAAAUAAGCUAUACUCUCAUUGGGAUAAGUUUCCCAAAUGUUCCCCCCAACAAAGCGCCUUAUACUCAGUCCUGCUAUUUCACCGGCAGAGAACGACCAAGAUUUGAUUUCAUAAAGGACUAUAGGAUAAAUAAUUGGUCUGUAAAGCAAUGAUUUUCAGCCUCAAGGUGUAUUUGACAUCUUGAUAUUAGUUCAACACUGAUUACUUGUGUGGAACGACCAAACCUGGAACCCCAGCCAUUUGAUCUGCUUUUUGCCAGGUCUUCCUACAGCGUCGUGUCACAUGAGCUACUCUCCUUUGGGAUCCCUCAGGUCAACUUGCAAAAACUACGUUUUGCCGUUUUGUAUUUACCUCAGCGGGAAUGUGCAGUCUGUUUUGUCCGUGGCUCAACAGCACCAACAAUUACAACUUAAACACACAGCUACCAGGGAGCUCAAAACGAAGGGAGGAACAACUAACACAGGAAUUGCUGUUUUAAAUGUUGUUUAAAAUGUGAUGUUUAUAUCUUAUUUAUUUGUUACAUGUGUUUUGCUUAGGCAAGCAUGUACUGUGAAGGUCUUCCAGUUUUAAUGUGAAAAUGAUUAUUGCUCUGUUUAUUUAUUAAGCUUGAGGUGUGGAGGAAACGAACAGUGUUUGUAACUGAAAAUAUCACCUAUGGGACACAAGUGGAAUAUGUGAUGUACCCGAGGAAAAAGGAGAUAUACUAACUUGUUGUCAUCACACAUACAUAGGUGGGACUGUCUUAUGAUGUAAUAUAGGUCUAUAAGCUAUGUAGGUUAAACAAAACACAGGUUAACUAUCUGUUUACCUUUUUAUGACUAGUGUGGCAAAGAUUAGUGUCGCCCUUUCUCAACCUCUUCAUAACCUCUACUGGUUUAUUUAUCUCAAUGACUCUUUUUAUCUUUUGAGUAUAAAGUUCAGGCUACACUGAUAUUUUUCAAGAAAUAUUGUUCAGGGAAUUACUUUCUAAAUUUAGAUAGGAAAUUAUUUUAUAUAACUUAUCUACAGAACAUUAUAAACUCAAUAUCAUUUUCCUCUUACUGUAUAUGAAAUGCUAUAGAGAAACCAGCCUUUGGAAUAUUAAACAAAUUAUUUUAUAGCAUACAGUUUGUCAUAGCUGCCUCGUACUCUACUAACUCACGUACCCUCAGGGUCCUAAUUACUCUUCUGGCUUUUGCAUUGACAACUGCAGUGUUACACAGUGUUAUCUCAGUGAUUUAAUCGCACAUGGACAAACAAAGCUGUUCAAAACACACAUGAAAUUGAGCCGCUGUAAAUAAACAAGGCCAGUUUGUAGGGAUUAGGGUAAAUCUGUGUUGGCAGUCAUGGCAACAAUGCUAAUUAGAGGAUGGUUUAGGGUUUAUCGCUUUUUUGGGUUAAGUUACAGGUUGGGUAAAUGUAACCUUGCCAGCAUGUAGAGAAUGACGUUUAUGUGUUGUGGAUUUUUAAUUGCUAUACCAGCACUUUUGACGGCCGUGAAAACAUAUUUUUCAUGGAUCUUCAAGAUGUUUUUGUAUGACACUCACACAGGGUUGAAUACUCUUAACACGAAAGAAUGUCAAUUACAGCAUAAGAUUUGAGAAAAUGUAUCUCGAUUGUCACUUAUUUUAUACCUACACUGAUGAUUUUUGAGAAUGUCUUUGCAUAACGAUCAAUUUAAAAAAUAUACCAGUCAGAGAGUCACUGUGUUUUCAAAUGUUUUUAGAAAUGCUGUUCUCCUACGUCAUUGAAGGAUUCUUAAGGGUCCUCUGAAAGGUAACGUCAAGCUCAACAAAGCUGCAAGAAUGCAACAGAAGCUAUUGUUUACAAAUGACUGGGUAAAGUCACAGAUUUCUUAUUAAUUUAAUAUUUCACCUUUGAAUGAUGAUAACUAAACAAAGAACUGGUAUUGUAAUGACCCUUCAAUGUGUCCUGUGGACAUCUCUGUCUCACUAUGCGCUGAAUGUCAAACAUGUAAUGACUGCAUUUUAUACGAGUCAGUCAUGUGAUUUUAUCAGAAGGACUCUCGUCUGACCACUAUGUAGCAGCCAUUUAAUAUGUAGCACUUGUAGAGCCUCCCCACAAGAAACAUGGGUAAUUGACCUUAUCCAUUAGGGAUUAAAACGACCAUGUUUAUGUUUAACUGCUCUCGUAGCAAAUAUUCCCAUGGCUUGUCAACUUUCAGCACUACAAUUUGAAUUUAUGGAGGUAAGCUAUAUAAUUAACCUUUAUAGAUUUGGUCCAGAGACAACGUUUGCUGAAUUAGUUUGUUUUGGUACUGAUUGUAUGUUUGAAUGUAAAUACAUUUACGACAUGAGUAGUGUCUUAGUGCACCAACGAAGUAAUAGAAGCAUGUUUUUUCUGUCUUUACUGUUUCUUGUUCUCCCUUUCACUUAUUUUUACCUCUCUGCAUCUGUGGUGUCAAAAUGUAACCGUAGCGUAGGAGGCCGGGAGGACGGGGAAUGAGAUAGUUCAACAUGUAAUGUAUACGAAGUGUGUUGAUGCUUUGAUUUCUACUUUUUUGGGGAGAACACAGUAUUAAAAGAUAUUCAAGAAAA